AUGGCGGGUAGCAAUGGCACCCUCGAUCCUGUCUGGGAUGACAUGGACCGGUAGGUCGACUACCACGUUGCGUUCACAGCACGUCGAUAUUGGAGUGUUCACUAAUAGCUAUGGCAGGUCGUUGGGGCAGCUGUUUAUGGCAAGUCACCACAGUGUGGUUUCGGUUUGCUCGACCCGAUGUCUAAUGUCUCUGCUAGAUGGGCUUUGAGGGAACCACUGUCACGCCCCAGAUCAAAAAGCUUAUCCAGGAGCAUCACCUCGGCUCCAUCUUACUGACCGCCAAGAACCUGAAGUGUGAGCUGACAGCCUCGGAUCAAGACCAUGCUGAUAUGCUGAUGUUAUUUAGCUGCUGAACAGUGUACUGAGCUCGUCUUGGAGUUGCAGCGGACCGCAUACGAAGCUGGACAUACUGUGCCCUUACUCAUUGGCCUGGAUCAGGAAAAUGGCGGCGUCAACAGCCUGUUCGACGAAAUCUAUAUUCGCCAGUACCCUUCCGCAAUGGGACUGGCAGCGACCGGAUCUAAAGACAUUGCGUACGAAGUAGCAAAAGCCACUGCUGAGGAGAUCGCAGCAUGCGGCCUAAAUCUCAUGAUGGGACCUUGCCUGGAUGUCUUGACCAACGCGCGAAAUCAGCCGCUCGGUGUGCGGACGACUGGCGACAAUCCACAAGAAGUCUCGGCGUAUGGCAUCGCAUUCAUGAAGGGCUACAAGGACGCUGGCGUCAGUACCAUGGGAAAGCACUUUCCAUCAUAUGGAAGUCUAGAGUUCCUCGGGUCUGCGCUAGAUGUACCGACCAUCACCGAGAGCCUGGAGUCGCUCAGCUUGAGCGCACUGGUGCCAUUCCGCAACGCUGUGAAGGAAGGCAUAGAUGCAAUGAUGGUCGGUGGCUGCGCAAUGAACUCGGCAGGCUUGAACGUCAUGCACGCUUGCUUGUCGGAUCAGGUGGUGAACGACUUGUUGCGCAACGAUCUCCACUUUGAUGGCGUUGUCAUAUCGGACUGUCUGGAAAUGGAGGCCCUCAGCCACAACAUCGGCGUUGGAGGUGGGACGGUGAUGGCUGUCAAUGCUGGGUGUGAUAUCGUACUACUGUGCCGCUCCUACACGCAUCAGUUAGAAGCCAUUGCCGGCUUCAAGCUGGGUCUCGAGAACGCCAUGAUCACUAAAGAAAGAAUACACCAGUCUCUCGAGCGUACUCUGGAAAUGAAGUCGCGGUGCACUUCAUGGGACAAGGCGCUGAAUCCACCCGGCAUCAGCUUGCUCACCAAACUACAGCCGUCUCACACCCAGUUGUCCACCAAGGCAUACAACUCAUCCAUCACAGUGGUACGAGAUAAGAACCGUUUACUGCCCUUGACCAACAUCAUGGAGCCUGAAGAUGAGCUACUUCUCCUCACACCACUUGUCAAGCCCCUGGUAGCAUCGGCCGCGUCGCAAAGCCUAUCAGAGCAGGCGACAAAUGGAUCUCCAGAACCAGCCGUCUGGGAACGAAGCGCAUCUGUCAUGAGCGGAGAGCGGGUCUUCCGCGAACUCGGACGAUCAUUAGCGCGUCAAAGGAGCGGCCGGGUCCUCCAUACCAGCUACACUGCCAACGGCGUGCGGCCUCAACAUGAAAACCUGAUCAAUCGAGCAAGCGCCAUUAUCAUUGUAACAGCGGAUGCCAAUCGCAAUCUCUAUCAACACGGCUUCACGAAGCAUGUAUCGAUGAUUUGCAAUAUGCAGUACAGUUCUGGAGGCGAGAAGCGCGAGAAGCCUCUGGUGGUUGUGGCUGUCAGCUCGCCUUAUGACUUCGCCAUGGAUCAAAGCAUAGGCACAUACAUCUGCACGUACGACUUCACCGAGACCGCUUUGAUGUCACUGGUCAAGGUGCUCUACGGGGACUUCAACGCCGCCGGGUCGUUGCCUGGAACUAUUAGCCAGAGCCAGAAGUUGUCACAGUCCAAGCAGCAUUGGCUCGUUGAAGCGUUCAAUGAGGAGCGUGACUCGAACGGUCUCGAUGUCCUCAUUAGAUUUGUCGCGGAUGGAACUCCGCCAGGCCUGCACUCUGAGCUGGCUAGCGCGACAUCGAACUCCUUCCUGCUUCGCAAUGCGGACGUGAUGGAGUCGCAUUACGUCGUACGCAAUAGCAGCACUCAGGCGUUGUACGGCUUCUGCGCAACCUACUUUUUCAAGGCCACCGGCACUGGUGUCAUCGGAGCCAUUUUCGUCGAUCCGAGCCGUCGAAAGCUGUCGAUAGGCCAUUCGCUACACAACCGCGCCAUCCGAAAUCUACUGCAGAAAGAAGGCAUCAAGCGUUUCCAGUUAGGCUCUCGGCUUCCGAGUAUGUAUCUCGGGAUUCCCAGUGGGCACGGAAGCGAACGGAAGCGACUGCGUUCUUGGUUCGCGGACCUAGGCUGGAACACCGCACUGUCGAGAGCCGUCUGCAGCAUGGUAGCCCGGAACUUGUCCACGUGGACGCCACCCGAUGGGAUGGCCAAAAGUCUCCAGAGUGCGGGCCAUGACUUCGACCUCGUCUAUGGAUGGGACUACGCUGGACCUGUGCUGGACCACAUCAAGACCAACAACCGACAGGGUCUCGCCGAAGUCUACAAGAUGGCCUUGGCCGAUCCCUCUGCUUGUGGGAUCAUCCGCGCGAAGCGUCCUGAAGACGGAUCGGUCAUCGGCACAGUAGUGCUGUACAACAUGCAGUCUCAACUUGCGGAGUUUGUUCCGAGCAUGAAGGAUCUGGGCGAGCUCGCGGGUGGCAUAUCAUCACCCGUCAUCAGCCCAGCCGUGGGAGAGUACUCGACGCUGCUUCAAGGCCUCAUCCUUUUGGGGAUGCGGCAGAUCAAGCAGCAGGGAUGUAGUGUGUGCCUUCUUGACUAUGUGAGUUGGCGUCUCCCCUGAAUACACUACUCCUGCUGACGCUCCAACAGAUAGAUGGGGACGGUAACUUUGACGGCCUAAGUGCGAUGGGCUUUAGCGUUCUGCACAACUUUGAGGAGGUCAGCUGCGAUGCCGCGACCUGGACGAUGGUUCCUCCUUCAUAA